AUGUUUAAACAGUCUGUCACCAGAACGUUUCUCAGGUUCAACAGCACCGCCUCCAAGCCAACAGGGGUGGUGUUCAUGAACAUGGGAGGACCCUCCAAGGUCAAAGACACCUACAACUUCUUGCUCCGGUUGUUCUCAGACGGAGACCUCAUUCCGCUUGGAGGCAUCCUCCAGAAGCCUCUUGCCCGGUUCAUUGCCGCAAGAAGAACUCCUGAGAUCGAAAAGCACUACGAGGAGAUCGGUGGUGGAUCUCCCAUCAGGUACUGGUCAGAGUACCAGUGCACCAAGGUGUGUGAGAUCUUGGACAAGACCUCGCCCGCCACCGCUCCCCACAAGCCGUACGUGGCGUUCAGAUACGCCGACCCCUUGACAGAGGAGACAUUGCAGAAGAUGUUGGAUGACGGCAUCGAGCGUGCCGUCGCAUUCUCGCAAUACCCUCAGUUCUCGUACUCUACGUCUGGGUCCUCUGCCAACGAAUUGUACAGACAGACCUUGAAAGUUGACCCUGAAAGAAAGAUCAACUGGUCGAUCAUCGACCGUUGGCCAAAGCAAAAGCACUUCGUGGAGGCAUUCGCCAAAAACAUCGAGGACAAAUUGAACGAGUUCGAUGCCCUGAUCAGAGACGAGGUGGUGAUUCUCUUCUCAGCCCACUCCUUGCCUAUGGACAUCGUCAACAGAGGUGACUCAUAUCCUGCCGAGGUCGCUGCCAGUGUGUACGCCAUCAUGGAGACCCUCAAGUUCAAGAACCCUUACAGAUUGGUCUGGCAAUCCCAAGUGGGCCCCAAGCCUUGGUUGGGUGGUCAGACCGCUAAGAUCGUCAAAAAGUUGGAAAAGAGAGAGGACAUCAAAGGUUUGGUCUUGGUUCCUGUCGCCUUCACCUCGGACCAUAUCGAAACCUUGCACGAGAUUGAUAUUGAGCUCAUGGAAGAAUGUGAAAACCCUCAUAAGAUUAAGCGUGCUGAAUCCUUGAACGGUAACGAACAUUUCAUCGAAGGCUUGGCCGAAUUGGUCAAGGACCACUUAGCAUCCGGCCAAUUGUACUCUAAACAAUUGGAGUUGGACUGUAUCUUGGGUGGUGAAUUUGCUACCGGAACCUUCAAGCACCCAAGAGAAAUCUUUGGUAAGAAAUAA